GACGGCUUCAACAGCGACGCCGCACAAUCGCCGACGCCCACCGCCGCCUCAACCAAUCCAUGACGCCCUGAGCGCUUCUUGCUCAUAAUCCGUCACCGGCAAGACUCACAGAUCGUGGGACACGCGCGCAUUCGUGCCGGGCGUGCCCAAGACAAGUCACCCAGCCGCUUCUUCUGGCAUGGCAAUGGUAAUGACGCCGUUCGCCAUGGAAGGCUCUCCAUACACCAUGCACACCACCACAGCAGAGCACGAUUUCCGCUUCCCCCGGAGGCCACUGGGCCACAAUAACCCGGCCCAGCCGCCGCAGGCUCGAAAGCCUGCUGGCUUCGAGGCUGGCGGCAUGAUGGGCGGCGCCGACUUGGGCCUUUCGGACCCUGUUGACACUGCGACGCACAGCAUUCUGCAGACCUCCAUGUUCCCCGCGAUGCAGAAUGGACUGGGCGGCCAGGAGCAGAGUUUUGAGGACAUGCGACAGAAUGACCCUCUCGCAACCCAGAUAUGGAAAUUCUUCAGCAGGACGAAACAGAACCUCCCCCACCAAGGGCGUAUGGAGAACCUGACGUGGCGAAUGAUGCACGUCGAUCUGCGCAAGCAGCAGGAAGAGGCCAAAGCCAGGAAGGCGCAGGCCAAUACACUAUCUGUGCCCCAAGGCACCGCCAAUGGCCCAAGCGGCAUUGCGCAGCUACGCAAGACGUCAGACCAGAAUCUUGCGCAGCAGAAUGAUCCAAUGAACCUGGAUGACUUCAUUUUCCCCGAAAAUGUGUCCUCUCCCACUGGUCUUGAGACAUCGCCGUUGGCCACAGAGGGUCACCAGCCAGGUGAUGAUGGCCACGAGUACAACACGAUGGGGGCUGGCCCCGGUGCCAUCUCCAUCAAGUCUCGUAAGGCUCCGUCGGCCCAGGCGUUUGUUCCUCAGUCUGUACCUGUGGCGCACCAUCAGAGACGCCAGGAUGAGUUUGGCUAUGUUACUCGGCAUCACCGCAAAACAAGUAUCGACGAUCGUCGGACCCGGCCACUGAAGCGGCCCGCUGAGUUUUCCCCGCAUGUUUCCGCUCUUACGAGCAACUCGAUCAGCCACGAUUUCGAGGCCGAUUCUGACCUUCAUGAGUACUCGUUGGACCACCAGCCUAUGGACCAGACACACUCCUCCUCAGUUCCUCACAUGUCCCAUUCUGGUGUGCCAUUCUCUAUCGAUACCUUUGGUAUGGGUCCCGACCCCAUCCUUACGUCUGCUGGACCGCUCCAGCAGAACUUCUCCUUUUCGCCGUCUGCCUCACCAAUGGUAGCACACAAUGGUUACAACAGCAUGUACAACCACCCCAGUGUGGGCCAGAACUCCAUGACUGGCGCAGACUAUUACUCGCCCCCAGGCUCUGCGUAUCAGUCCGCCGUGUCGACACCACACCCCAUGGCCGAGAACGAGAGCAUGUUCUUUAAUUCGCUCGAAGGACGCCAGCAACGUUCGCAAGGUUACCGCACGGGGCCACCACAAGUCAGCAACCCCAUGGGCCAGCAGUUCAUGUAUCCACCCAGCGGCAAUUCGAUGUUGCCGCCUUCGACCACUGGUGUCGAUACCUCGGCCACUCCGUUUGCUUCUAAUGACGGCUUCGGCAACGUUGACCCCAACACCAUCUUCCAGUCUGAACAUUCCAUGAGGUCUCCUGGAGUUGGUAUGAUGCAAGAGAACAUGUUUUCUUUCGGCGCUGAUUCGGACAACGAGGAUGAGGACGGGGGCGCGUUCCCAGACCGCAACCUGGGCAUGCACCAGAGUUUCUCGCCUGGCGAUGAGUCGGGCAUGGACAUGAACACGAAUAGCUCAAUGGGAUGGGAUGCCUCUUUGCCUGGCCAAUUUAGCACGCAGGCUGCUCGAUACCCUGGAGGACCACCUCGCAAACAAGUCACUAUUGGUGGCACGACCUUGAAUGAGCACAGCGGUGAGACCCAGGGAGAAUGGGACAAUAAUGUGGGCAACCUUCCACGGACACAAUCAUUCCGCUCCAACGCUGAUCGACGACAACAGAAGAUUCCUCGCACAGCUUCCACCCCAGGUGCAAACUUGGGUAGGGGCAACCCGUUCGACCGACUCGCGCAGUCUACGCCCAAUUCGCCGCCAACCGAUAAUGCUGGUAACAGGUCUGGUUACUCUUCUGUCGCACCGAGCCGGCCUUCGUCUCCGCCCCCGCCCGGCUCGAAACAGGGCUCUGCCACCAACCUACAGGCCGCCGGAGCAGGUGACAGCAGUGCCCCCACCACAUGUACCAACUGCUUCACACAGACCACGCCACUGUGGCGGCGGAACCCGGAAGGCCAACCACUUUGUAAUGCCUGUGGUCUUUUCCUCAAGCUUCAUGGUGUCGUCCGUCCGCUCAGUCUGAAGACUGAUGUGAUCAAGAAGCGGAACCGAGGUUCCGGCGCUUCACUUCCCGUUGGAGGCUCGUCUUCUCGCUCAAAGAAGGGUGCUGGCAACUCUGGAACAACUUCCGGGCCAGGCUCGCGGAAGAACUCGACCAUGACCCUCUCAACUGGCACAGGCAAUACACAGGCUGUGACUCCACCAACCACUGGAGUGGCAAGCAGCGGUCAUGAUGGUGACAGCCCUGCAAGUGCCAGUGGUGGCGGCGUGCAUACUGCCGGCAGCACGCCUAGUUACGCUGGUUCCGUGGGUGGGGCCAUUGGCGGGAAAGGAGUUGUUCCCAUUGCUGCGGCGCCACCCAAGAACACUCCUGGGCCUGGAGCCGCCUCUCAGUCUCGGGGUGCGAGCUCAAGUAGCAGCUCGAAGAGGCAAAGACGCAGCAGCAAAGGUGCCAGCCAACAGGAAUCCAUGGAUGUCGACAGUCCCGAGAACUCUACUGGCUCAAACGACGCAGCACGGUCAGUCAGCUCCACCAACAGCUUUGGUCUGCCUAGCGCUCCCAGUCUUGGCGGGCUUGCCAACGGAUUCGGUAUGACUCAAAGGCCCGUGAUGGGCACGAACAUGAUGGGAAUGACCGGCCUCCCUCAUAACGGCAUGAUGGGUCCUGCUGGGGCUGGGGCCGGCCCUCAGGAAUGGGAAUGGCUCACGAUGAGUCUCUGAACAGCCUUCACGAAACCGCACAUCUUUUCGAAGCAUGCCUCCGCUUUCGCGCAGAAAGCACUAAUACCUCGCCAAAGUCAAGGCUCAUGGCACAACUACGAACUUUGCGGUGGCUUUAA